ACCUCGCUGUGCCUUUCCCACGACGCGCGUGCUUUACUACCACACAAUCAAGUAUUACGACUGUCGAAAACGAUAUUUUUCCGUGAAUCAUUUGAUAAAAAUAAGAUUUAUGUAAACUUAUCUGUUCUCAAUGAUUCAUAGUAUUUUUUUUUAGGCACUAGCAUAUCGGUCUUUCAGCCUUGACAGAUUUCGCGCGCAAAGUUUUGUUUGUAAACAAACACGCUUUUGUGUUGUGCGGUUUUGAGAGCUGUUUCGGUGUUGGUGCAAUGUGAAUGUGUUUGAGUGAUGGCGAGGUCUCCGAGGAUGAUUUCCGCCCACAGGCGGAGCAGAAGCCGGUCCAGAGAGCUGACACGGUUGCGCACACAACUGAACGGAAAAGGUUGCUAUGCUCGGACAUUCCCUACUUGAUAGACUUCGUAAUGAGAAUAUCCGCAGUAGAACCAGAGAGACCGACAUAGCCUGACAGUAAGCUGAAGUAGCAAUAGUCCGGCCACAUAGCUCCAAAAACUGUUAAUCGUUGAGAAAGAAAAGCUCUCGUGCCGGCAAGCGAAGUGUAGGACGGCCCCCACUACACCUGUGAGUAAGAGUCAGAGGGAGUAAGUACCGUGCUAUGUUCAGUAAAAGUCUAGUCAAGGACUGUAGUGAUGAUAACACCCGUUAGAUCAGACACAUCAAAAUUAUAUAAAGAAAUACUCACGUUUGGCGGUAAGCAUGUCAAUGGAGCAGUCCUCGCGCUCUUGGCAGGGCCUUUGUUGCAGCAGCUCGACCCUCGAGGAGCAGUCCUGCUGGCGCUCGGCUGGCACCAGAAGCAGUCGCGUACGGAAUCGAACCCCACGCCCGCACGAUGCAGAGCAUGGCGACCAGCCCGUCCAUUCUGUGGUGGGACAAGCUGGGUCCGACACGUCCCUCUCCUGCUCGGUGCACUGCGGCUCCAUACACUUGCGGUUCUCCUCUGGUGGACCAGCAAGUUCCAGUUACAGGCUCGAUCCAGGCGAAUGGUGAUUGGAUGACGAUCUCAGCGCGCUCCCCGGACAAGGAGCCGUCGCCACCGAAGCAGAUCAACUUCGCGGAGCCACUGGUCGAGUCGGUGCGGGUUUACCUCGCUAAUGAGGUGCCAGCAAAGCAGCUAGCGCUGGUCCCCGCGCCAUCGCCGCCGCUGCCAUCGCCACCGCCACUGCCCGCGUGCCAUGCGGACAUAGCCAGCGACACCGCGCGCGAAGACAUCCGCGGGAUAAACUUCGAGCCCCGGCUGACGCGCAAUGACGUGAACAACAACGCAUCUCGCCGUGCCGCCAUGCCAAGCCAGGCCGAGCUCAUGCAGCGUCAGCCUCUGUUGGCGCGUAACGCCAAGCCCGAGCCUCAACCUACCACAGAUGAGUCGGAUCCCGACCAAGAGCACUCACCUCAACGCUCCCACGCCACCGACUUCGUGGUCGAGAUACCGCCCGGCACCGUCCGCGAAGAGCGCUACCCUAAGGAAAUAUGGAAGACUAUAGUCUCAUUUUUCUUCUUAUUCCUCUGCGUUUGCAUCAACAUGAUGUCGCUAUCGCUCGUCCACGAACGCCUCCCAGAUAGAAAUACCACCCCCCCGCUCACCGACAUCGUGCUUGACAACGUCACCGCGCGAGAUUGGGGACUGGCAGUUUCCGAGUACCUCAUAAUGAUAUCCACGACGGUCGCCAUGCUUGUAGUCAUCUUCCACAAGCAUCGAUUCAUCGUCGCGCGACGCAUGUUCUUCAUAAUUGGCCUGCUGUACUUGUACCGCUCGGUCACCAUGUUUGUGACCGUCCUGCCAGUGUCCAGUACGACGUACUACUGCAGUCCGAAGAGUAAUAAUACCACGCCACUGCUCGUCAUCAGAAGAAUGUUCUACUUGAUCUCGGGCUUCGGGCUGUCCAUCAACGGCAAGCACACGUACUGUGGCGACUAUAUCUACUCGGGGCACACGAUGGUGCUCGUGCUAAGCUACCUGAUUGUGGCGGAAUACUCGCCGAAGAAGCUGUGGCCCGUGCACUGGGCGAUGUGGGGCUCGGCGUUGCUUGGCGUUUUGUUCGUGCUCCUCGCGCACGGUCAUUACACUGUAGACGUGGUGAUCGCGUACUACGUGACCACGCGGCUGUUCUGGACGUUCCACUCGCUGCUGGUGACGCCGCAUCGCAGCGGCGGCAGCUACAACCAGUACAUGAUCCAGAGGGAAUGGUGGUACUGGCUGUUCACGUACCUGGAGAGGAACGUGCGGGGCCCGGUUCCACGGCGCUACGACUGGCCCUUACCCUGGCCUCGGACCAAGCUCUUCAGCCGGUUAAGCUAGUGACGCGCUCCGACUCCGCCGCCCGAACGCGUAUGACGCUCACCUUCUGCGAGUGCCGCUUCAGCACCUGCAGCUCCUUGGGGCUGGUGCGCGUGCAGAUCGCCAACGUGAGCGUGUAGUCGAACUGGUGAACGAUCAGGUUGAGGUAGACGGUCUCCUCCCAGUCAAUCUCCGGGUCGCCGAUGGGCAGCUUCUUCGAGUCCUUGCGGUACACGUCGACGUCCGUCUGUGAGCACCCGGGCGCCGGAUGAGUUGUGUGAACGCGUAUUUAGGCUGUGCUUAGCGACCGUACGGUCCAAUUAGACUUGAGGCUGCGUGUGAAAUGUGAUAGCAGUGCGAGCGAACGCUGUCCUCGCUUUUUAGGGAACUGUUCUAACGACUUACGCUUUCAUUGUUAAAUAGAUUUAAGAUACAUUUUUUUUUCGCAAUAAACAAUGGAGUUAUAGUCGACUGUUUAUGAAAUUCUCGUUUUUGUAAAGUGUAUUGUAUAUUUUAUAAGUGGUUAUUGAACAUGAAAUUUGGAGUCUAACAAAGAACACACUAUUUAUUAACAAAUUGUACUGUGAUUAGCUUGGGAUGAAUUGUGAGAUGAGUGCCGCUCGAGGCAAAGCUUAGUACAUAGUUGUUGUAAUAGAAAUAUUGAUAAGAAAUAAUAUUUUUAUAAUGUAUAAAAAAUAAAGUACACAACUGUUAUAACUGCAAAACUUUUUGUAUUCCCAAAAAUAUGUCCGAGAGAAAUUUGUAUCUUUAAUCCAAAUGGUGCUAAUCUAGAAAAUAAUUUGGGAACGGCAAAUUUUUGUAGUAUUGGCACAAGCACCAAUUAUACUUUUAAUACAAUAGGAAUGUCACAAAGUUAUCAGACAAUUAUUGAAUUGGCAGGCAUAAAGCUAUUAAAAUGUGACAGAGAUAAUUUACUUCAUGAUUUGAAAACAUAAAGCCACAAACUUAUUAAAAUUUAAAAACUUUCAAAAACAAGUUUAAAGUAAUAGCAUAAUGUCUUUAUGUUUAUAAUUUUAUGCAUGCAUGCAAAACCAGUUUUAUUUUUUAUUUUGCCUUAAGUUGCCAGUGCUUAAAAAUUAUGUUUAAAAUAUUCCAUUUCACACAAAGUUUAUAUAAACAUGAAAUUGUUUUAUUCACUACAAUAAAUUGAUUUCAGUGACACUUUUACAGUCACAUGACUAUCAAAACAUAAUUUGCAUUGUUUAUCAUUCCCUGGCACACGGAGGUCAAGUAACACAUAGCAGAUAAAUGAGAUUUGUUUCAAAUGUACGCAUAUAAAUUCACCAUUAUUUGAAAAAUAAUUUAGAAUAGACUUACCUCAUACUUAGGCAGAUAACGAGAGGAACCUUUUACAUGCCUCUUCCUUACAAAGAACAGGAGGUCAUCACAGUCAAUAGCUUGCUCCUCUUGGAACAGGAAGUGCCUCACAAACAGAUCUGUCCAGUAUGUUGUUCCUUGUAGCACCACAAAUCCAGAAUCUGUUAACGUUGACGAAUAAAUUUAAAUUUUAUUAACUUGUAUUUUGAUUGCCAAAGUUGUUGCAUGUAUAUAUAGUAAAUACAAUAGCACAAUAUUAAUUGACACAGUGUACUAUGGUUUAUUUUAGACUCUAUUAUGAAAUAAAAAGUGCCUUCAAAUUGAAAACUUGUGUAGUUGUUACUAGAACAACAAAUUUCAUUGUAAAAUCUGCUCUAAAACUACUAUUCUUUUUAAAUUUUUUACUCGUUUCGCUGACAUCUCAGAUCACGAACACAAAGAACAAUGGAGCCUUGCAUAAUUAUGUUUCAAGUGAUAUCAAAACCAAACCAAAUGACGCUCAACUUAUUGUAAGAAGUUGCACUUAUACAAAUAUACAUCUAAAAUCAUUUGCAACCAACAACAUGGUUUUAAUUACGUAUGUGUGUGUUCAGCAGUGAGCUUCUACAGACUGAUAAAGAUAAAAAAUAAUUAAAAUAUGUGUGCGUGAGUGUGUGUGUCACAAUAAGUGGAGCAUAGUUUUGGCAUCACUCGAAAUGUAUAGCGGCACUCUGUCUACCUUUCUUUGUUAUUAUCUUUGUUCCUAUUGAGCUUAAAAUAACUAUAGACAAGGAAAAAUCUAUUGCUGUAAUUCGAUUUUCAUAUUCAUUGUAUACAUUGUUGAUUGUUAACUGAACAGUGUUGAUACAGGUUGCCUGAUCACUGUCAACAGAAUGAUCAUUCAUUGUAAAUAGCUUGACUGGCAAAUUAUUUGUAGCCUAUUGACAGUACAAGGAAAUGCUUUGCAUUGUGUAAAUAAAAAUCAUAUAAAAAGAAGAAAAAUAUUUCAUGACUUGUACAAUCUGUUUCCAAAAAAGUAAUGUUGCUCAAAUGAUUUUGACGCAAAUGUAAAAUAAAUUAAUCUAAGUUGUUUUUUUAUUAAAAAAAAAUCAAAUGUGGAUCAGUGGGUGAACAUAAAAUAUAAAUAACUUUUUACUUUGUACAUUAAGACAUCCUUUCUAUUUAAACGUGUUAUAUCAUGUGUGUAAUUUAUACAACCUAUUCACAUCUUUUUAUGAACUUUUUAUUUUCUUUUUUUAUUAUAAAGGUUUUUUUUUAUCUAAACAAUAAUGUUUUCCACAAAAGUUAACACUAACUUAUUGUUACAAUCAAUAUUGCACGCCAAAUUCCGAUGUAGAGCAGUGCAUUACAUUACAUUAAUUGGUCACAUUUUUAUUACAUGUAUGCAAUUUAUUAUUACAAGGUAUAUACACACAAUAACAUAAAUUUUGAUAAAACUGCAAGUACUUAGUGUUAUAUGUGUCUGUUUUAAUAUUAUUGUUAUUUGUAAUGUUAGCACAUUGUUAACAUUAACCUCGUAUAUUAUAAUAACACACUUGCUAGACAUUGUUAUCAUUGUUUUUUUUUUGUUUAUUUAUGUAAAUAAAGAAUUCUCGUCGCAUAAAAAUGUAAUAUGAAAAUUAACUAUAUUUCUAAUCAUUACAAAAAAAAACAUGUUUGAAAACACAUUCCUUGUAAUGCAGUCUCAAUGAAGAACUGGCGACUGGCCAAAUCGGUUUUCAGAGAAGUUUUGAGAAGAUUGCUUUUUGGAAUUGAAUUUUUAAGGCAGAGUAAAAUAUAUUAAAUGUGAAUAAAUAUCUUGUAUUUAUAACCACUGUUAUAUCAAUAAAAUUUAAUCUCUCAAAAGACCUUAUGGAUCCUUGGACUUCAGAGUAAUACUACUGAAAAUAAAGUAUGUAACUAACUGUUUAUACAAUUACUGUUGUAAAUUAAAAAUUCAAUAAAUGUUUUUAUACUU